AUGGCGAACCUGGAUGCCUUCUUGGGCAGAUGGUGCUUGGAGUCCAGCAAGGGCUUCGAGGACUUUAUGAAAGAGCUGGGUGUGAACAUGGCCAUGAGGAAGAUGGGAAGUAUGGCCAAGCCAGAUGUUAUCAUCUGCAAGGACGGAGAUAUGUUCAAAGUGAAAACAGAAAGUACCUUCAAAACAUCAGAAUUCUCCUUCAAAUUGGGAGAGCAAUUCACUGAAGAUACAAUAGAUGGCCGAAAAACAGAGACCAUUGUAACAUUAGGUGACGAUAACGUGUUAACCCAGGUCCAAAAAUGGGAUGGUAAAGAGGCCACGAUAACAAGGAAGGUGGUAGAUGGGAAGAUGUGGAAUGUGUCAUGAACGAUGUCAAAUCUACUCGAGUUUACAAGAAAGCAUGAAGACCCUGGUCUACCAUUUAUAUUGGGAGCUGAGUAAUGGGCAGUUCAGUUCAAGGCAUAAAGCUAGUCAACACUCCAUAUCGUUUCUCAUCUUCAUCUCCCCACUUCUUUUUUUAGCAUCUUGAAAGAAUCAGUAC